AUGGAGCACAACAGAAUCAACGACACUUUCCCAUUCUGGUUAGGAUCCUUACCAGAGCUACACCUACUAGUCCUCCGCUCCAAUGAGUUUCAUGGGUCACUACAGUACCAUCCCAAUGUUGCAUCUUUCUUUCCUCAGGUACGAAUCAUCGACAUCUCACACAAUGACUUCACGGGAACCUUACCGUCACACUUCUUCAUGUACUGGAGUGCUAUGCACUCGGAAGGAGAUGGUUCAGGACUGGAGUACAUGGGAUACAACUACUUUUACCAGGACUCAAUGGUCUUAAUGAACAAAGGAAUAGAGUUGAACUACACCAAGAUCCGUGCAAUCUUAACACUAAUUGAUCUUUCAGGAAACAGACUCCAAGGUCAAGUGAAAGCUCUUAAAGUGCUAAACCUAUCAAGCAACGGUUUUGUCGGCAACAUACCUUCAUCUUUGGCGAAUCUGGUUCAGCUCGAGUCACUGGACUUAUCACAUAACAAGCUCUCUGGCCACAUUCCUCGUGAUCUUGCCGACCUCACAAGUCUAUGUAUCAUAAGGGUUUCACACAACAAGCUCGUAGGGAUGAUUCCGAAAAGCACACAGUUUCAAACGCAGAACGUUUCGGGUUUUGAAGAUAACGCUGGACUCUCGAUGAAUGUGGAGUGA